AUGUCAGGAAUGUAUGAACGACGGAUUGGACCAUCAGCUCUAGCAGCGCCUUAUGUGAGAGAGGAACAAAUAGAAUUCAACGAAAUUGAUCAGAAUGACGCAAGCUCGUUGAACGCACCAAUUCAAGAAGUGAGAAGAGAACAAACAAGUAUAGGAAAUAUGCCGAAGAAAAUCUGGCGUGCGAGGUAUCAAAAUGAAACGUCCAACAUCCAAACAAUUGAAAGGAAACAAUCCAAAGGAAACAAAGGUAACAUCAAAAGAAAGCAUCCGGAGCGUUCGACUCAUGCAGGUGAAAAGCGGUUCAAAUGCGAAACAUGCCCGAAGAGGUUCACUGCGCCAUCGGAUUUACCUAGACAUAUAA